AUGCAAUCACUAUUUAUGGUACAAGGCCAGCCGGCGGGGGGUGGAGGUGCGGAGGGGGUUGCCAUGUGCCGCAACGGGAUAAAUAAAAGUGGUCAAGUGGCUUGCGAGUCACAUGACUGCGCGUCCCUCGCCCCGCACGCCUCCGUACCCCCCUCGUGGACUCCCCUCCCCCCGUUCUUAUUCCCCCUGCGUCUCCCAUCGACGCACGCGCAGGAUGCGUCAAGAAACGUCACCAAGCCACUUGCGAACUUCGCCCCGCCUCAGGACACUUUC